AUGGUCGCUGGCUGGUCGUCUGGGCACUUCCUGCGACCUGUCUGUCUCAAUCAAGCAGCCCCGACGACAGGUCUGGCCCAUAACGGGGCUGUUGUCGAGGCUCGAGCUAGGUUGGUGGUUCGGGUGCAACAGACGGGACAAUGUAUAACCACCGCAAACCCGAUGGGUAACAAGGUUACAAAGCGGCGGUAUACUGUGGAGGAGCAGUAUACGCACCCGCAGGGGCUGUACCCGCACCGCGACAUCGACCUGAAGAAGCUGCGACGGCUCAUUCUCGACGCCAAGCUCGCUCCGUGCCACGUGGGCGGCGACGAACCCAGCAGCGACCUGGACGAAUGCCCUAUCUGCUUCCUCAACUAUCCAUGUCUAAAUCGAUCGAGAUGCUGCAAGAAGGGCAUGUGCACAGAGUGCUUUCUGCAGAUGAAGUCCCCAACAGCCUCCAGCAUGCUGCAGUGUCCGUUUUGCAAGGCGCCAACCUUCUCAGUGGAAUUCCGGGGGAAGCGCACAGCCGAGGAAAGAAACGUGGAGCUAGAGGAGGAGCAGAAGGUGAUAGAAGCAAAGAUAAGGAUGCGGCAGGAGGAGGAGGAGGCAUAUGCAGCCAGGGUGGCCGAACGUCAGGCAGCAGCAGAAGCUGCCUCUUCCCUCAACUCCUCCUCCACCUCCUCCGCGCUCCCUCCUACCACGCCCCCUCCCUCUCGCACCCCUCCAAACCCCCCCACAUCUGCUGCUUCUGCUGGUGCCACGAGUGCUUCGUCAGUAGCAGGCGAAUCAGCAGGAGAAGCAGCAGCAGAAGCAGCAGCGGCAGCAGCGCCAGCAGCCACAGCAGCAGCCAGUGGCAGCAGCGACACAGGUAUAGGCGUCCUCCGCUCCUCCCUGCAGCUCUCCUCCUCCGCCUCGUCCUCCUCCCGAGAGAGAGGGGGAAUAGGCCGCACCUCCUCCCGCCACCUCACCAGCAGUAACAGCAGCCGCGGUGGUAACCAGUCGACUAGUCACAACUGGUGGGAGGGGCCGUUUGCAGGAGGGGGAGCAGGGGCGGGAGCAGGUGUGCGGCCGAAUCAGCUGCAUUUGCCAGGCGGAGGGGGGUAUUCUCCAGGCGUGAAUGAUGGUGGUGGAAGGUAUGGGGCCGGUGGUGGGGCGGGUGGAGUAGGAGUUGAGGAAGGGGUUGUGGUUGGGGGUGUGGUUAGGGUGGGAGCCAGGGUUGGCUCGGGAAGAUAUGGUUCGGGAUCGGGGAGAGGCGUGGGAGCAGCGGGAGCAGGGAUGGGUGCAAGUGGUGCUGCAAUGGGCGCUGCGAGUAGCCAUGGCUCCACUGUCUCUCCCAGGCUCUCUCCUUCAAGAGCGGACGAGCUGGGAGUGGAUCUGGAGGAGCUGUUGCUUAUGGAGGCCAUCUGGCUCUCACUGCAGGUACUGCUUGCUUGCUCUGGCUCUCUCUCCUGCUACCGCCUGCUGUAA